UACCGCACACCGCCGCGGUGGCGCUAGAGAGGCGCUUCUCUCUCACACACACACCGCUCGGCUAAAGAUGUGAAAAUGGCGGAGCUACAAAUGCUUCUGGAAGAGGAGAUCCCAGCUGGACGAAGCGCACUACUGGACAGCUUCACUAAUCUGGAAAGAGUCGCGGAAUACUGCGAGAGCAACUAUGUCCAGUCUCCAGACAAGCAGAGGGCUCUGGAGGAGACGAAGAACUACACUACCCAGUCUCUGGCCAGCGUAGCCUACCUGAUCAACACGCUGGCCAACAAUGUCCUGCAGAUGCUGGACAUCCAGGCCUCCCAGCUCCGUCGCAUGGAGUCCUCCAUCAACCACAUCUCACAGACGGUGGACAUCCACAAAGAGAAGGUGGCCCGGCGGGAGAUCGGCAUCCUGACCACCAACAAGAACACUUCCCGCACACACAAGAUCAUCGCCCCGGCCAAUCCAGAGAGGCCCGUGCGCUACAUCCGCAAGCCCGUCGACUACAGCAUGCUGGACGACAUGGGCCACGGAGUCAAGGCCAGCGCUCAGAACAUGAAGGCCGGAGGAGGAGCUGUACUCCCGCGCACAAACCCCCCCACACAGAAGCCCCCAAGCCCGCCGAUGUCGGGGAAAGGGACCCUUGGGCGCCACUCCCCCUAUAGGACGCUUGAGCCGGUGCGUCCGCCCGUUGUCCCUAACGACUACGUCUCGAGCCCGACGCGCAACAUGGCGCUCCCCCAGCAGAGCCCUGCACGCACUACAUCCGUUAAUCAGAGGAACCGCACGUACAGCAGUGGGAGCAGCGGAGGCAGCCACCCCAGCAGCAGCCGCAGCAGCAGCCGAGAGAACAGCGGCAGUGGCAGCGUCGGCGUGCCCAUCGCCGUGCCGACCCCAGCCCCGCCCAACGCCUUCCCAGACUCUUUGCUGCCCUCUGCAGGUGCUGCUCAGUUCUACAGCAUGAACCGCCCAGUGCAGCCGCCCGUAAACUCUCAGGUGGGAGGCUCGCUGCCGUACCGCCGACCCGCCUCCGUCACCGGUCAGCCCAACGUGGCCCUCAACCAGAGCCAGCUCAACGGGGGGCCACACUUCGCCCAGAACCAAGUGAUAGCCGGCCCACUCGCGCCCCCUCCCCCUUCCAUGCAGAUCACCCCUCAGCUGCCUCUGAUGGGCUUUGUGGCCCGAGUUCAGGAGACUAUCUCAGACGUGCCACCUCCACCUCCGCCCUCCGACGAUCCGGUGUUUGAGGAACCUACACCUCCUCCUCCACCGCCGGAGGACUACGAAGACGAAGAGGACGAGGAGGAGUCGGCGGUGGUGGAGUACAGCGACCCCUACGCCGAGGAGGACCCGCCCUGGGCUCCACGCACCUACCUGGAGAAAGUGGUGGCCAUCUACGACUACGCUCGCGACAAGGAAGACGAGCUGUCGUUCCAGGAGGGCGCCAUCAUCUACGUGAUCAAGAAGAACGACGACGGCUGGUACGAGGGCGUGAUGAACGGGACCACGGGCCUCUUCCCCGGCAACUACGUGGAGUCGAUCAUGCACUACGCCGACUGAACAAUCCCCCCCCACCCCUCUCUGAGUGGACGAGAGGGAGGAGAGGGAGGAGCGUUUUGAUGGGGAAGGAGAGGGGAGGGAGGGGAGCCAAGGGUUAAAGGUCAAAGACUUUGAUCAGACAGAGCAUGAUCACCUCCGGGCGAGGAGAGAAAAGAGAGAAGAAGCAGUUUUUUUUAAAGAAGCUGCAACAUGACAAACUGAUGCCCAGUCACUCUCUCGACAUAGGCGCCAUUGUAAAACAACCACUACUCUAGAUAUAUUCUUCCUUGUAAUAUUUCUUUCUUUAAUUCUUAAGUUGACUGAGGAGGACUGGACGGUGAUGGAUUUAUUGUAUUUAGAGAGUUUUGUGUUACAUAACGAGGCCACUACAUUGAUUUUUGCUUCAUUUUUUUGUUCUGUUUUUUAACCAUUUUGCCCUUAUUUUAAAGAAUAUUUAUUUGGAUUUUUGUAGUGGGAUAAAUGGUGAGCAGGUUUUGUGGGACUGCUGAGUCGGGGGUUUCCAUGUCGCAGCCUUUCGGAGAAAAGGGCUGGAGGAGAAUGCCUUCAUGUGUCCAUUUUCUCCACAACACUCCAGAGACAAUUUAGAGAAAAAGUACUCCUCUCUAUAUAUAUAUAAAGUAUAAUGCAACAACAAUAUCAUCGGUGGGAGAUAAACUGUAGUUUCCGUACUUGACAAGAUAUUUGUUUAGGUACCUCAGCAGAGAGUGUGCCAAAGCUGACAUUCACUAAGAAAAGCACAUCAGAUGUCUUAUGGUGACACACAAAGCUAGAUUAAAGUGGGUCAGAAAAGACGUCGAGCCCCAAGAGUGCUUUAAACCCAGAUUUAUUUGCUUAUUUUUUAUUUUAAUCUGAUAUAUUUUGCAUCACGGGAGUCCGAGGUUUAACUGGAAGAGGCGAAUUUAGUCUCCACAUGCUUCACUUUGCUGGCCAGUGUGCAUUUUCUUUUUUAACGAGAAGGAAUCGUCAUCCAGCCCUCAAAUAAGAGAGGAGAGCGAGAUCCUCAGUUGCACAAUGACCUGGAUUUUUGAAGUCUUACUCUGCAGCUCCUGUCAUGAAUAAUAGAAGUAUAUAAACUCGACUGACGCGGCUAAUCAUUUGCAGUGUUCAUAUGCAUUUGAAACAAUGAUUUAAUUUUUAUUUUUGGCGUUUACCAAGAGGUCCAGAAUCGGGGUCUUGCUUGCAGAGCGGCAGACUGCAUGUUUCGACAAGGAGUAAAAAAAACCAUUUCUUUUCUGCUCUACUGAUGAUUAAUGUCUUAAUAUUUUUAGAUAUGGUGUGGUUUGGUUUUUGAUAUUCACCCACGACGACGUCAACGAUGCAUUUAGGGUCAUUUCUAAGAUGCUUGUGCCAUAUUGAAGUGUGUGUUGCUGUUCAGAGGUUUUAUCACUUCAUUUGCAAUAAAUUGGCCACAGUGGGUGUUUGGACUGUCGUCGAACUCCACAUCUACAUAUUCUUCUUUUUUUCAGUUUUCCCAGAGUUGUUUUAAUUCAAAAGCACAUACAUUUGUAGUAAAAAAGGUGUAGAAGAAGAAAUCGUAUAAAUGUGAGAUGUAUUAUGUCCUCAAAACAGGACUCAUUGAAUAUGAAAAGAUGCCAGCUGUUGUGUUGAAAUGGUUUUAAGCGUCGGUCGCAGGCCCCCGCCCCCCCCAGAUAUUCUCAGCGCCGUCGGUUUAGGCGUCGUUCGUCCUCCGCUACGUUUCCAAUAACGCUUGGCUGUUGGGUGUUUGCGAGGGCUCAGUGCUUGUACUUAUGUCAGAAUCUUUAUUUUCUAUUAAAAAAACAAAAAAAAGGAAAAGAAAUAAUAACAAGUGGGUGUGUAUGUGAGUCUUGCAUGCCAUUGUUCUUAUCUGUACUGGUGUCCCAAAAAAAAACCUACGUGGAGAGAUCGAUCACCCAUUCUUAAAAAAAGACAAGCAGCCCUGCAGCUCUGACCAGGAAACACCAGCCUCAUCCAAAGAGACUGAACUAAAGUCAAGCGCACGUCCGAGGAGGAGUGACCUGUGACCUCUGACCCGGACAUUAGCCGUCAUUACGUCAGUGGUGAAACAUGUGUUUUUUAAAGCUGCUAGUGAAUCCUGUGGACUAAAGACCCCCAAACUAAAUUGUACUCUUGUUUCAUAACACUAAAAAACAAAAGCAAAACAAGGCCCGUUGGUCUGCAGGAUUCACAGCUCCCUGGAGUCACAGACGUCCUCCGGGAUGUCCAGUCUAACAGUCCAUAAUGCCAUUGUGUUGCACAGUUAAAGUUGAAUUGCAGAAGUAUCAUAUUUGUAAAAUCAUGAGAACAAAGACAAUAAAGUUAUUAAGAUUUAUUGGUGCUUGGUUCUUGUUUUUUUAUGUUUUAUUUUAUUGGAAAGCAGCCUGGGCUUCUGGGAAAAU